AUGCUUUCCGAGAUGUUGACCAUCGCCACUUUUGUUACAAUAAUUGAGACAAUUAUAACUGAUGCGUUGAAUGGCGUGAAUGUGAGGGAUAUGUCUAUUCCUGAGUACAGGGAAUGGCUUACGUUUACGACUGCUGUUAGAAAUAGUCAUACGUUUGGCUUAACUAUCGGAGGUAUGGAUGAGAGGAAUAUAGUUCUGAAGGAAUUUUCAAAUUCGGAUUUAAUUAGAAAUAGUCAUACGUUUGGCUUAACUAUCGGAGGAUUCGCUCAAAUCAAUAAAUCAACACUUAUUUCGAUAUUCGCAUUUAUACUCAAUUAUAGUGUCAUAUUGUUUCAAACAGCAAAAUAA